AGCAAAGAUGGGCGGGGCCCGAGCCUCCCGUCUCCACCUUCUGGGUGAGUGCCUGGGCUCAGAGCAGGAACUUCCGCAGAGUUUGCGGCCAGGUGCGCUCCUGGGAGCUGGGCUGGUUGUGCCCCACAGUCAGCCUGCUGCCUUUAUCAAAGAGCUGAUAACUUUGCCUCCCACCUGCGUGAGGCUUCUGGAAGCAUCUACCUGGGUGUCUCUUGGUCCUGCAGCCCCACACGUGGCACGCUGCAUCCAUCCUAUGCCUGUGGCAGCACCUGCAAAGAGUGGGUGCUUCAGAGGUGGACCCUGGAGGCCGCUCAGUCUUGCGAGGCGGACCUGGUGCACAAAGGGCGCUCCACUCUCAGAAGCAGGUGUUCUCAGGCUCCGGCCCAGUGGACCUGCGAGGCGGCCAGUCUCCAGCAUCCCCACCAGCGCCUCCAGGAGCAGCAGGAGCCCCACCGCCGCCUGAGCAGGGAGACCCCGGUCUGUGUCUGCCUUGGCCGACAAGAUGCUGCCCGUGUCUGCAGAGGUGAAGACCAGCCCGCUGCAGAAGGCGAACUUCUGCUCGCGCCUGUUUGUCUGGUGGCUAAACCCCUUGUUUAAAAUUGGUCACAAACGGAAAUUAGAACCAGAUGACAUGUACUCGGUGCUUCCAGAAGAUCGCUCCCAGUGCCUUGGAGAAGAGCUGCAAGGGUACUGGGAUCAAGAAGUUAAGAGAGCCCAGAAGGAUGGACAGGAACCCUCUUUAGUGAAAGCAAUCGUAAAGUGUUACUGGAAAUCCUAUUUAAUUUGGGGAAUGUUUACAUUUCUUGAGGAAGGCACCAGAGUAGUUCAACCCAUAUUUUUGGGGAAAAUGGUUAGUUAUGUUGAAACCUACGAUCCCAAUGAUUCUGCUGCUUUGCACGAAGCCUAUGGCUACACAGCAGGGCUGAGCACCUGCGUGCUCGUGUGGGCUGUUCUGCACCACUUGUACUCAUACCACAUUCAGCGUGUGGGGAUGAGGCUGAGAGUAGCCGUGUGCCAUAUGAUCUACCGCAAGGCACUUAGCCUAAGUAGCUCGGCCAUGGGGAAGACCACCACAGGCCAUAUAGUCAACCUGCUGUCCAACGAUGUGAACAGGUUUGACCAGGUAACAAUGUUCUUGCACUAUCUGUGGGUGGGGCCACUGCAGGCUAUCGCAGUGACCGCCCUGCUCUGGAUGGAAAUAGGAAUGUCAUGCCUUGCUGGGAUGGCGGUUCUCAUUAUUCUUCUGCUUUUGCAAAGCUGCUUUGGAAAGUUGUUUUCAUCACUCCGGAGUAAGACCGCAGCUCUUACAGAUGACAGGAUCAGUACCAUGAGUGAAGUUAUAAGUGGCAUCAAAACAAUAAAAAUGAAUGCUUGGGAAAAGUCAUUUAUAGACCUUAUUUCCAGACUGAGAAGGAAGGAAAUUUCCAAGAUUCUGAAAAGUUCCUACCUUAGAGGAAUGAAUUUGGCCUCAUUUUUCACUGUCAGCAAAGUUAUGAUUUUUGUCACUUUCAUCACCAAUGAUCUCCUUGACAACCGGAUUACAGCCAGCCAAGUGUUUGUGGUGGUGAUGCUGUUCGAGGCUCUGCGGUUUUCGAGCACCCUCUACUUCCCCAUGGCUGUCGAGAAGGUGUCAGAGGCCAUUGUCAGCAUCCAAAGAAUCGAGAACUUCCUAUUACUUGAUGAGAUACCAAAGCUCAACCCUCAGCUGCCAUCAGAUGGUGAAAUGAUAGUGGACAUGAAGGAUUUCACUGCUUCUUGGGAUAAGAAAUCAGGAACCCCAACCCUACAAGACCUUUUCUUUACUGCCAGACCUGGUGAACUGUUAGCUGUGGUUGGACCUGUGGGUGCAGGAAAGUCAUCACUGUUACGUGCUGUGCUGGGGGAGCUGCCCCCGAGCCAGGGGCAGGUCAGAGUGCACGGGAGGAUCGCAUAUGUUUCUCAGCAGCCUUGGGUGUUCUCAGGAACUGUGAGGAGUAACAUUUUAUUUGGGAAGAAAUAUGAAGAAGACCGAUAUGAAGAAGUAAUAAAGGCUUGUGCUUUGGGAGAGGAUUUACAGCUUCUGGAGGAUGGAGAUGAAACUGUGAUAGGAGACAGAGGAACCCCGCUGAGUGAAGGACAGAAAGCCCGGGUCAGCCUCGCCAGAGCUGUGUAUCAGGAUGCAGACAUCUACCUCCUGGAUGAUCCAUUCAGUGCAGUGGAUGUAGAAGUCAGCAGGCACUUGUUCGAACGGUGUAUUUGUCAAGCCUUGAGGGAGAAGAUCACAAUCUUAGUGACGCAUCAGUGGCAGUACCUAAAAGCUGCAAGUUGGAUUCUGAUAUUGAAAGGUGGCAAAAUAGUACAACAUGGGACUUACAUUGGGCUCCUGAAAUCUGGGGUAGAUUUUGAUUUCCUUUUAAAGAGGAAUGAGGAAGAACCAUCUCCAGAUCUGGAAUCUUCUACCCUGAAGAAUCAGUCCAGACCCUUAAUGAGAGGUGCUGCUCCAGAGCUUCAAGAUACUGAGAAUAUAGAGGUCACACUUCCUCUAGAGGACCGUUUGGAAGGAAAAGUUGGUAUUAAGACCUACAACGAUUACUUCACAGCCGGUGCUCAAUGGUUUAUCAUCAUUUUGCUUAUUCUAGUGAACAUUGCAGCUCAGGUUGCCUAUGCCCUGCAGGACUGGUGGCUUGCAUACUGGGCGAAAUUACAAAGUGCCCUGUAUUUUGGGGUAUAUGGAAAAGUAGAGACAAUUGUGAUGCUUGAUCUGAACUGGUAUUUAGGAGCCUAUUCAGGUAAAGUUGAAUUCUCCGGUCUAUUAUAUGAGAGUCUGAGGUGCUUACAAGGAGCCUGUUCAGGUUUAACUGUAUCUACCAUCCUUUUUGGCAUCACAAGGUCUCUGUUGAUAUUCUACAUCCUUGUUAAUUCUUCACAAACUUUGCACAACAAAAUGCUGUGGUCCAUUUUGAGAGCUCCAGUAUUGUUCUUCUCUAGAAAUCCAAUAGGAAGGAUUUUAAAUCGUUUCUCAAAAGACAUUGGGCAUAUGGAUGACUUGCUGCCCCUGAUAUUUCAAGAUUUCAUCCAGACUUUUCUUCUUGUGGUUGGUAUGGUGGUCGUGAUGGUGGCUGCGAUUCCUUGGAUUGCUAUACCUGUGAUUCCACUUGGCAUCAUUUUCUUUGUCCUCCGGUGGUAUUUCUUAAGGACAUCGCGCGAUGUGAAACGCCUGGAAUGUACAACACGGAGCCCAGUGUUUUCCCACUUAGCAUCUUCUCUGCGGGGACUCUGGACCAUCCGGGCAUACAAAGCUGAACAGAGGUUUCAGGAGCUGUUUGACACAUAUCAGGAUUUGCACUCAGAGGCUUGGUUCCUGCUUUUGACGACGUCCCAAUGGCUCGCUGUGUAUCUGGAUGUCAUCUGUGCCAUCUUUGUCACUGUUGUUGCCUUUGGGGCCCUGAUUCUGGUAGAAACUUUGAAUCUCGGGCAGUUUGGCCUGGUCCUAUCUCUCAUGCUCACACUCAUGGGGAUGUUCCAGUGGUGCGUCAGGCAAAGUGCCGAAGUUGAGAACAUGAUGAUUUCAGUAGAAAGGGAGAUUGAAUAUACAGACCUUGAGAAAGAAGCACCCUGGGAACUUGAGUUUCGUCCACCACCAUCCUGGCCUGAGGAAGGAUGGAUUUACUUUGAAAAUGUUAACUUCAGGUACAGCUUGGACAGGCCUCUGGUAUUGAAGAACCUGUAUAACAUGCUCAUUAAACCAAGAGAAAAGCUUGGCAUUGUAGGAAGAACAGGGGCUGGAAAAAGUUCCCUCAUCGCUGCCCUUUUUAGAUUGUCAGAACCUGAAGGUGGUAUUUGGAUAGAUGAGAUCUGGACAACCGAUAUUGGACUUCAUGAUUUAAGGAAGAAAAUGUCAGUUGCACCUCAGGAACCUGUUUUAUUCACUGGAACAAUGAGGAAAAAUCUGGAUCCCUUUAAUGAGUAUUUGGAGGAGGAACUGUGGAAUGUCUUAGAAGAGGUACAACUUAAAGAAGCCAUCAAAGCUCUUCCUAGUGAAAUGAAUACUGAAUUAGCAGAAUCAGGGUUGAACUUGAGUGUUGGACAGAGACAACUAGUGUGCCUUGCCAGGGCUAUUCUCAGGAAAAAUCAGAUAUUGAUUCUUGACAAAGCCACAUCCAAUGUGGACCCAAGAACUGAUGAGUUAAUACAAAAAAAAAUCCGUGAGAAAUUUACCCAGUGCACUGUGCUAACCAUCACACACAGGUUGAGUACCGUUAUUGACUGUGAACGGAUACUGGUUUUGGAUUCAGGGGAACUGUUAGAAUAUAAUGAGUCAUAUGAUUUGCUUCAAAAUAGAGACAGCCUGCUUUACAAGAUGGUGCAGCAUCUGGGUGAGGUGGAGGCCACUGUUCUCAUUGAAAGGGCAAAACAGGUGCACUCUGAAAGAAAAUAACCAGAUAUCUGUCAUAGUGACCGUGUGGUUAUGAAUAUUAUGAAUGGCCAAUGGACAACCUUCAGCCUUCACAACUUUUGAGUCAACUCUGUGAUUCUACCAUGAGUUCACGUCUAUUCCAUUGUUCCAAUUGGUUUCUGCACUGCGUAAAUUAUGUUGUUCUAUUUUUACACCAGCAACAGAUAUUGACAUAUUACAAGAUAUUAAUCUAUAAUUUUUCUCCAACUUCACUCAGUGACUUCAAGCUCUUGCAAAAGGAUUUAUUGUGUUUAUUUAUGUGUUAUACUAUUUUCUUUUUUAUCCAAAUCAGAGGUGCAGGCCACUGAUAAAAGCUGUCUCCCAGGUUUUGUGUCCUGAGAGACUCUGGAGCCAAACUCAUUUUCUAAGAUUUGAGAAAAAGUUCUCACAAUUUUUUUUUUUACUGUUCCCAGAAUUUCAUAGUACUUUCUAAUUAUAUUACAGAUUCUUGAAGACUGUGUGAGUUGCCGUUUUGUGUCACCACUUCCUUUAACAGAACUACUAUCCAUUUUCCACUCAAAGACCUCUAGUUAAACUACUACAGAGAAAAGUAAUAGGAAAAACAUACAGUACAUGUAGUUUAAGUGACAUUAUAGAAGAGAGAGAUGUCACCCUCCAAAAAAUAUAUGGUUAAAAUACAGAAGGGCAAUAUUGUACAUUCAUCUGUGUCCCCUGCAUUGCCAGCAGAUUCUUUACCACUGAGCCAUUGGGGAAGCCCUCUAAAAGAGAAGGAGAGAAAAUAGAAAAUAUGCCUUAUCAAAGUAGGAACCCCUCUAGGGGAUUUGCUAAUGAAAGACAGACAUGUUCUAGACUGUCUUCUAGAUGGAGGAUUUUAUUUUUUUACAUUAAAAAAAUUGUGGUAAAAUAUAUAUAACAUAAAAUUUGCCAUAUAACCAUUUUUAAUCACACAAUUUGGCAUUAAUCACACUCACAGUGUUGUGCUGCCAUCAUUGUCUGGGUAACUUUCGGUAAUUAUGUGCUUCCUCUUCAGUGUUUUAUUUCUGCAGAGUCAUUUUGGCAACUUUAACUUUUCUAGAAGUAGAUCUUUUUCCUGUGAGUUUUGAGCUUGAUUGGCAUAAAUGUAUUCACAAUAUCUUACAUAUUUAAUCUCUGCAUCAUCUCUGUGUUCUUUUAGCCUUUUAGUUUUCUUUGAGGCUUCUCAUUUUUUAUGAAUAAUCUUGUAUAACUUUUUCUUAUUUUCAAAGAAUCAAAUUAUUGCUUGAUACUCUGUUUUUCUUUCUAGCUCAUCAUAUCAUUCUUUCUUUCAACUUUUCCUUUAUUUUGAGAUUUUUUUCCUCUAAAUUCUUAAAUUGGAAACAGAUUAAUAAUAUCCUUAUUUUUCUAACAUAAGUAUAUAAAUUUGACAAUUUUUCUGUGAUCCACUUUAGAUACAACCUACAAGUUUUGGUACUUACCACCAACCACUCUCCAAAGUAUUAUGUAUUUUCUAAUUCCUAGUUUAAUUCAUUAACUAUAUCUUUUACCCAUGAGUUAUUCAUAAGUAUAAUGUUCUCUAAAUUUCAAAUGCUAAUGGCUUUUUUCUAUUAGAUUGAACAUGUGGAACUGCUAACAUUCAGCCUUUUAUAUAAAAUGGCACUUUCAUGUAUUUAAAUGUAAUAGUUUUCUUUUAUUAAUAUAUAACAAUUUCGUUUUGGUCAGACAUUAGGUUGUGGAUUUUAAACCAAAGGUAAUGAUAUUCACACAAAAACUCCUUGUUUCCACCAUUUUGUAUUUUAUUUGGGGGUUUUAAAAUGUUUUAAGUACAUGUGUAACCAGUAAUUUUCAAAUAAAAGUCCUCCCUGAGUACUGGAA